AUACAUUUUAGGCUUGCCCAGGGGAGUUCUAGCGGGUUUAGUCGGCAACGGGCGCGAUAGCUUGGAUGAGGUGCUCGCUACAAAAUAACGGCCCAGCGCGAACAGCGCAUUCACGCACCGGACGAGCGCUCCGCUCGGCGCUGCGCAUACAGUGCUCCAAGCCCGGACCAGCACCCGGCCCUGGCCCCGGCCCCGGCCCUGGCGGUGAUGGUAGCCCAGGCAAGCCGCCCGGGAAGCGCGGCAUGCGGCCUCUGGGCGGCUCGAGCAGCCGGAAGGCCAAGCAGCCGGGCACGUACGAGGUGCGGGUUGUGACACCGCCGCCGCGGUCGCUAGGGAUCUACGCGCUGCCGCCCAACACGCAGUGCGGCGAGGAGAUCGAUGUGGAGGGCGCUAGCUACGUGGUUACAACUGUCGUACUGCAGUACAAGUUACGUGGCGGGAAGUACGUGCGGGAUCACAACCGCCUGGAUGUUCAGCCCACGGGUCGUUGGCUUGUGAACCAGAUGUUGGAGGGGUUGAUUAAAGCGCGGUACAUGGGCCCCACAGGCAAACAGGACUAGGAGGGCUGGAGGGAGGGCGCGUGUGCCGGGGCGUAUGUGGAGUGGAGGGAGCACUGACUUGCACGGGCUGUGGAUGGGAGUGACGAGCGACGAGAGAAAUGGGAGUGACGAGCGACAGAGGAACGGGUAAGCAGGCCUGGGAGUGUCGUAUGCGAUGUAGGACUGGUGAGCUGGCUGGGAGCGUUGGAUGGUGGGUUGACCACUUGAGCGCAAUUCAUUAUGCAUUUUAUGAUAUCCAGCCCUCAUGGUGAAGUAUGGUCACACUCUGUGAGCGCAUGCAGUCGCUAGGUUGGGUACGGUAUCCGAUGAGGAGAGGUGCGGUGAGAUGUGCACAUGUGCGGUGGUGUGUUAAUGGAUUCCCCUCGCUGUAUCAUAACAUCGGUUGUCGGUCCAUCUAGGGCGUUGCGCAGCUGUUGCAUCUUGCAUGCGGCCUCUGGUCCCUCGGGGGGCGGAGAGGACGGGCUGGAUGCCUGGGGACCAAUAACCCGCGUAAGAACAACCCCAAGAUACCGCUAAGAGCGGAGUAAGAAAGCUUCCAGCAUGCAAGCCUGGAGCUCUCAGCGUCCGUAUGCGUAUGCUCAGGCACGAUGCAUGAGGG